AUGGCCGGUGAUGGAUCGUUCGAGGGCACGGCAGCAUGGCUGCGUGGCCAGUGGUCAAACCCGGGCGACAUCUUCACCAUCCUCUUGCUCAUCGGCGGAGAUAUCGUGCAGACAGCGAUCGCUCAGCUAUGCGCCGGUCCAGUACCUGGCCUAACACCGGUCUCAUUCUCCUUUGGCUGGGUCACAUACGCAGUUUCCGCCAUGCUCUCUGCAGUGGGGAACAACCGACUCAUGCCUAGCCCAGAAGUCGAUUGCAUAAUCAUCAAUGCCAAAAGCGGCUUUGCACGAACGAACUACUCUUGGAUCCUUUCCCGGAUGCUGCGGGAUUUCGACCACUGGAGACCUGCACUGUGCGAUCGCCUUGAACAGGAGAAGCUCAACGAGCUCCGAGAAAUCAACAGAUCAAGUGCAAAGCCUCGGGACGAAGACGAGAUCCGAGUGGCCCUACGAGUGUCGGUAUGGGAGUGCAAUUCCGCCACCGGUAGAGGCAGUGGCGACGUUAUCUACUGGAUCGGUCUGUUUGUGACUGCUGUUCAAUUUGGCAUUGCCGCUAUUCCAUGGGGUCUGUACGGCGAAUGGUACACAUUCUUCGUCAUCGGAGCAGGCACAGCAUUGGCUUAUGCUGGCGGCGCUCUACCACAGUGGUGGGACGAGAAAGUUGGGAUACGUAAGUUAAAGUACACCGAUACGACAAAAGAGCGCAAGGAUGUUUUUCUCACAGAAGGCAACGGUUCUCAUGAUGCAAUCCUGAUCCUAGGCUGUGAAGGAGGUCUGGACCUGGAAGCGCUGGCGGCAAGUCAACGAGAACUACGAAGUCCAUGGACCACACGUGUGCUGAGCUUCACUCUGGCUAUCUGUUGGAUCGCACUACUUAUCAGCGUUUCCGGUUGGGAACAACAUACUUGGUAUGUUCUCGCCGCUGGCAUGCUUGGGCUGGUUCACAAUGUCAUAGUGGCCGGCGUGCCACGACAACCCCAAGCAUUUGGCAUCGACCUCGUCCACCGGGAGACGAUCGUGGAGGGCAAAGUCAUGCAGGUCUUACGUCUGGUCGAGGAAUCUCACCCCCGAGCAGGCGCGGCAUUACUCGAGAUCUUCUUCCCGGGAAAACUGUUCCCACGAGAGCAGCUGAUGUGGGAGUACGCUGAACGCAGAGCUGAGGCGUGGAAGGAGAAUAGCAAGAAAGUAGGACAUGUUGCGCGGACAGAAGCGUGGCCGAUGCCUCCGCUGCAGUCGCCGCUUCCCAAGAAAGAUGGGAAGAAAGACGACAGCGAUAUACCUGAAAGUGGGCCAUACACAUACGACGGUGGUCCGAGCAACUGGGACUCUCGCCCACAGGCAGUGUUAGGCGCCAGUCGCCCGUCAAAGGACCAUGUAGUAACGGUAGAAUAG